GUCGUUAUCUGUAAGUCGUCGGGUCUUGUUGGAAAAUCGGAUCCGUGCAUAAUCCGUGAGAGAAUACCUAAGUGAAAAGCAUUUAGCCAACCCAUCUAUGGAGUUCUGCCAUCUGGCCCAGUGUAUCAAAACAAACAAAUCGUUGCACAAACCAGCCGACACGCUGCUGAUAUAAAACCCAGAUAUAUAGAAAAUCGGAUGUGCGUGAGUGAAGUUGUGGGUGUUUGUUUGAGUUGAGUUGGUGUGCGAGUUGAGGGCGUUUAAAGUCACAAAAUUAAUACAAAUCCAAUUAAAAUUGAAUUAAAGUGCAAAACUAAAAGAUAUAAAUUUCAUGAAUGAAUUUGCAAAUAUUCCAUCAAAUGAAAAGUGUGAAAAAAUAUAAAUAAACAAAGAGAAACAGAAAGGUAUUAAGAAAUAAUAAAACCAUUUGUGUCACAAAUAAAAUUUUAACGAUUAACAGCCAAGUGAAUAAUUGGCAUUCCUUUCCGAACAAAAAGCAAAAUCUCAAGUUCUCGUCAGCAAGUGUCACAGCAUUAAAAGCCAUAAUUAAUAGCCUAAUAGCCAAACAAAAGAAAAAAUGCUUUAAAAAGAAUCGCACUUGCUGGGCAAAGAAAAAACAAAGAAAAGUGUGGAAUAAAAUAUAAAAACAAAGAAAACAUAAUAUUAAAACAAAUAAACAACAAAAACGGCGAUGCCUUCGUUGAGCGCCAAAAUGUUAUGGCUAUUGCUGAUGGUGAUGCCCCUCGGUGGGGCUAAUACCAGUGAUCAAAGGGUAUCGACGGUGGCGCCUCCCCACCGGAUUUCGCAUCAGCAACAGCGGUUGCACCAACUGGAGGCAGCCCAGCAGCACCAGCAGAAGCGGCAUCAUCAUUUGCGGCACGAGCAGCAUUUGAGGGCCGAGUUGGAGGGGAACGGGAAUCAUCAGCCGCCACCGCCCAUGGGCGGGUCCGAGGGGGAUCUCACCGCCUUCGAGAAAACCUUCGAGUCGCAGCUUCCCAUGCAACAGCAUCACUUGCGUCACCAUAAUCACCACCACAAGAGCUGGGAGCAGAGGGUUUUCCCGGCCCUGCGCCACCAGCCACAUCGCAUGUCCUUCCUUGGAACCUCCACGCCCAGGACAGUUUUCACCACAGACUCACCGACUACUUCGCACCGGGGACUGAUAAUGAAUCACACCCGCUACUUCGAUCGCGAUGGCAUGAAUCCCCCGUGGGCUGAAUACCACACCACCAGAGGUCCCAACUGGCGGCAGGAAUUGGACACAAGUAGCUCCGACGAGGAGUCUGAUGAGGAGGACGAUGAUGAGGACGAGGAUGAGUACGACUAUAAUGAUGAAUCCAGCUCGAAUGCCGUGGAUGAAGAGCUGGCCCGGCAAAUGCCCAGAUACUCGCUUUUUACUGAAAAGCUUCGGCGCACCAUAGAGAACAAAGAGACCGAGUACGAUCAGUCGGAUGAACUGGAAGUAGCGGAAAAUCGGAAUAGAAAUCGGAACAGUAACAGACAUCCAAGUGUGGCGAAUCCCCACGAUAAGCCCUCCGAAAAGAGGCACAUUCUCGAUUGGCUGUUCAAGCAGGACAGGGAGAAGGACGUGACCAAGAAGCCACAUACCACAGCAGCACCCAAAACCACAACAACGACCACCACUUCGACAACAACCCAGCGACCAGAGAAACAAGAAUUAACCCUAUUAGAUGCCAAUCUGCAAGAUAAGAAUGACUUGAAUGAGGAUGAUUUCAAUGAGGAUUCUGAUUCGGAGUCCGAGGAGGCCUUCUCCAACGAGCAGUGGAACAAAAUCCAGCACGAUCAUCAUUUGCAGCAACAGAAACACCAGAAAGAGCUCCAGGCGUUGCGUGAGAAGAACAGGAACACCCCCCUAAUCAGAAACGCGUUCCCCCUUCGCAUUAUAACACUGAAUCUGAGGUGAGUUCUGACAGUGACA